GGUAAAAUUGGGAUGAUGGCAAUGUGGCGUAUGUGGAAGAAGAAACGGCGGCAACAGAAAGACCGCAGUGGUAAACCGAAGGAUUCAUUACUGAGUCGUAAACCAACAUUUGCCUUCAAACUUGGCAGACGAGGAGCGCUCGAUCAACUUCACCGAGAACUACAUAAGGUGUCACGAGGGACUCAAACGGAUGAGAUUCUAUUUGGAAACUAUUUGGGAGUGCUAAGAGAACAUCAGGAUGGUGUGCUUUGUCGUCAAGCGGUGGUUGUGUGUGAAAAAGAACGUGUACAAAUGUGUCCCAAGCAAAACAUCACGGGUAAUUCAACAUCCACUGGUGCCAAUUCAGUUCAGACAAGAUCCUCAUUGGGUUCCGUACAGUCAGCUCCCAACUGUUCAGCCAAUAAGACGUCGAAUGGCGAAAAAUUCGAUACGUCAAGACGAUGGACAUUUAUGGAAACCAGAAAGGCGCCUCGUGGUGCACCUCGAGGUCUUAUUAACCCUUAUAUGUUCACACCUCAACGAACUCAACAAGUUCAUACAACAGAUCUGAAACGUCUAAUAUCUGAGAUUGACGUUCGAUUAAAAGACUGCCGUAAUUUAGCUGCUUCAUCUUCCACACCAUCAUCCUCGUCAUCAUCUCAUAAAAAUCAACCACCGAAUCAAAGUUCAAAUCCUCCCUCAAAAACAGCUCAUCAGUGA